AGUUAGUUGUAGUUUGCCUCAGAGUUGCGAAUAGAGGUUUGUAUGCAGAGUCGGGGUGAGUUCCUUAUUGAGACGCGGCUGAGGAACCCAGGCACAAAACAUGGUGACAGAGGUGACUCCACUGCCGACGGCUCUAGAGAUGAUGGAAAACAAGCUACCGGACAACUGAAAAGCGUGGAAAGCGAAUUGGAUGGAAUUCGCAGCGUUGAUCCAGUUAGAUGAAUAUCCGAAGUCAUACCAGAUGGCCAUGUUCCGAUACGCUGCCAACUGCGAAGCGUGCCGUGUAAUGGAGGCGUGGAAUUGCUGGGACCAUGAUAAAGUGAUGGAUCUUUCCCAAAUAAUCGAGAGAUUUGAGAACUAUCGUGAUGGUCGAUUAACUCUUCUCUGUAGUUGCGGCCGGUUGGUCAAUGCCUGUUCAGUGGGCUGUGAAUGUCAGCCAGCGACGAAGGAUUCAACAAUAAAGUACUCAGAGGGCCUUAGCGAACAAGAGUGCGUCUCUCCAACGCCGUUGACACAACAACGAUCAGCAUCAUUAUAACCUGAUCUAUGAACCACUGACAGCAUGCUACCCUCGGAAAGCUGCAUCGGAAUAGCGUGCAGUACAACACUGUCGCUUCAAAGCGUCGAACGUACCGAGGCUGCAGCCACAAGGAAGCAAUGUCAUAAAAACUGAAAAUAAAAUAAAGAAACGAUUUAUCAGUGUCAAAGAGACGAAUGAGGAUCCUCGCCUGAUGAUACUGGAAAGAAGAAAAGCGCUAUCUACCGAGAUUGGGACAAGUUCCAUUCAGCGUUUCUUCAGUCGGAGACGAAGGAAGUUGAUGACAGCGGCUAACGUUCUAGUGCAGCCUAACCUUACUACGACUGUUAUUCUUUUAGACCGGAAGCUCGCCCGCAACGGAUGAGGACAUGACAAAUGCAACACAAAAUCUGCGAAAGGAAAGCAAAAGUAGAGGAUGUGAUGGUGGCUCAAGCAGGGACGAGGGCAAUCGCCUGCCGCAGUGUGGUCGAUCAGGCAAUCGAUCGAGUAAGCAGGUUUCCAUCUCUCCACAUCUCCGGAGCUUCCUCGUUGCACCGAUGGGUUUUGCCCACCUGCUGCUCGCCUUCAGAACGAUAUCCGUCCUGUACUCUUGACCGAUGGUAUUGGACACACCGUUCCGCAUCACGACACUAACGCUGUUGAUCAUUCAGCCGUCUAUACAGAUAAGCCACGGCAGGAAUCGUUGGACAUGUGGCCAACAUUUGCUCUCAGUCACGACAAGAAAGCAUUGCCGUAUGCAAGUCGCGCAACAUCCGACAACGAUCAUCCUCAUUUGAUAAAUUAUCGGCACCCAUCUUUUCUGGCAACAAGGUUGGACGGUUCGCCACCCACCACUCCAAAGACUGUGGACGAUAUGAUGGAAAUUAUCAACCACAGCCCUCCGAGACAGUCACCAGUCAGCUUGAAGUCCUCACCAAAAUAUGCGCUAUCCACUGGGGCUACCGCUUGUCCGGACAUUAUCUCAGAUGGUGAUCAUCAUCUUAUCGAAGUUGAUGCUUCAGCAGACAAAGUUUCGUCAUUGAACAAUCGGCGAUUCGGUCGCAGCCGUAAAGCCAGCAGUUCGAGUAGUGGGCGCGGACAUAGCCCGACACAGACUCUGACAGCCCCAGGGGCUUCGGCCACCUCCGCGGCACCCAGUCUCUCCGAAUCCUUGGCAGAUGCUCCUGAACGAUUUUCCCCUAUCUCAGCCACUCCUGGUAUUAGAACCAAUUCAGACGCAACCCCGCAUCGUCGUAAGCAUAAACAAUUGCACAAACUGACUUACCGUUCUCGGAACAUUUCGCACGACUCUCGGGGUUCCGCGACCACAGAUAGUAACCUUGAUGAGGCGCCAAAUAAUAGCACAACCAGUGUAAAAGAAGUCCUUGAUGAUUUGGUCUCGUUGCUCGCCUCAAGUUUUCAUUCGCACAAUAGAAGCGCAAAAGAUGGAAAUGUGUCUUUCAUCCGCUCUUCUGCUUCAAAGCUAUUCGCGCGCUCAAAAACCUACACUAAGGCUCUCCAACGGAGGCUGGACUAUUUGAGGUCCAUCUUUUCUCGGGCGCAUGCGGAGGCGGUAGCUGUGAGCACCCUGGUGCAAGCGUUGGGACUAAAAAACACAAAAACACUGAAUUCAACUCACCGACGUAUCCACUAUUCCGAAAUGGGUGAAACGACAUCAUUAAAGUGCGGUACCUUCUUGGCUGGCGUUGAGUUGAUGUUGCAGCAAAUUCUGGAUAAGCUCAACCUUCUGGUUCAACGAAUCGAUGAUUCCUCCUCUACUACUCACUUUCGCCGCCCCGAUCUCCCACAUCGGAUUUCCAUCGCCAGACGACAUCAACGCUUGAUGCUCGACCAGGUCUUCGCGAACCAUACAGAUCUCUCAUCACCUGUCACUGUUUCUGCCGAUAUUCCGGUUCGCAACCUCGCUUCGGAUUUUGAAUUCAUCGAGUUACUGAACAUGAAGCACAGGAUGAUGGUGGACGCGCUACGACUGUGUCUAUCCGGAGUAUCCCCUCCGUGCAUGCAACCCGACAUGUCUCCCCGUUCCGAAAGCAAAUUGACCGCCUAAGGCCAUUUGCACACGUUAUCCCGAAAAUCAAUGUUCCGCAUUUACCCCCCUUUAUUGUUCACGUGUCCUGUUAUCCGUGCAUUGCUUAAACUUCCACUUUCUCUUUUCAGAAGUGGUUUUCCUUUUGUCGCCUACUCUGUACUUCACAUGCAUCCUAUCCGAUGUCCAUACCUUUGAGUCCCAACUUUCCUACGAUUUAGAGACCAUUACCUAUAUACCCCUCGAUUAUACCAUGCGAAGAUUCGAUUCUCUGUGUCAACAGCCUUUUUACUCCCCAAAUUCUCUGCUCCGCACUCUGUUACCCUUUCGCCAACCAUGUCCUUGACUCCAGAUUAGUCACUACGAACAAUGAGUUCACAACACCGA